AUGGUUGGUUGGCUGGUUGGUUGGUUGAUGAAUUGCUGGUUAGAUUGUGACGUGGUCACGGACUUGAAUUCACAUCCGGGCACAAAUGCACACCCACCAUGCACACACACCCAAUUUGUACUGGCAAUCUGUCAUCUUCUUCCCUCGCGAAUGCGCACACAUUUUCGGCUGGCAGUCACGUCGAGCCUGAUCCAAACACUAACCUUCGCGAUUCACCCGUUUCUUCCUGUCGGCAGAAGCGCCGCCUAUUCGAGGCAGGAUAGUUUCGGUUCGCCGAGCAUUGAUGGAGCUUCAGAGGGACCAUCUUCAGAGGGUUUGUGUGUGUGUGCCGAGAACAAUACAGAGACUAGUUGGCGUGAGAAGAGCCAACCAAUCGCUUCGCGGGCAAGUGCCGUUGGGGCGUAA